CACGCCACAGAUCUUGGCGUUUGUGAACCGGAAAGCUGGUUCACAAUGCGAACUACAAAAUACUUGUUUUUUCUCCACGACAACCGGUUCAUCUGGGUAACAGUCAGGUGCACAGGAACAUCAGCAACUCUGGGCCUGCUCAUCCUGCAGUCGUAUAAGCAGGAGAUAGAGGAGGCGAGCCUUUUGAGCCUUGUCCCCGUACACAUGGUGCUGCAGAUGGGCCUGGACAAGAUGAGGAAAAACUACAUCAACUACCUCAUCGAGUUACUACCUGAACAUAGAGAUGGACCUCCAAGAGCCGGUGACACGCAUAAAGAAACUGCACCACCACUGGAGAUCGCUGUGAUCUGCAGCACCUUCCCCCACCUGCACCACGAGGGCCUCCUCCCAUUCACACAGUGA